UGGCGGUGCCCAGGGUUCCCUUGCCGGGCGCGGGCUCGUCCCGCAGCCCUGGUGCCUUCCCGUGCGGCUUCCAGGCUUUGUUCCGUGAAGGCGGAAUGAAUGGGGCCGGGCGGGAUGGCGGUUUCCUCCCCGUGUUUUGGGGCAGCCCCCGAAAGCUCCACUUAGGGAGGGGAUUUUCCCAGGAACUGCUCCUUUUAAGUCACUUUUGGAGCAAGUGUCCAGCUUAGGAUGCCAAGAAGACGUGCAAUGAUGCUCUGCCUGCUGCUCGCCUGGGGAGCGCCGGUGCUCGGCCUGGCAGGUGCCAUGGAGAUCCAGGUCCCGGAAGAGCCCGUGGUGGCCCUUUAUGGCCAAGAUACCACCUUGCGCUGCUCCUUCUCCCCCGAGGCCAACUUCAGCCUGGAGGACCUCAGUCUCAUCUGGCAGCUGACGGACACCAAGCGCCUGGUGCACAGCUUCUCUGGCGGCAGGGACCAGCUGACCGACCAGGGCGGGGGCUAUGCCAACCGCACGGCCCUCUUCUACGACCAGCUGUCCCGGGGCAAUGUCUCCCUGCUCCUGCGGCGCGUGGAGAUUGCAGAUGAGGGCAGCUUCACCUGCUUCGUCCGCGUCCGUGAUUACAACAGCGCAGCUGUGAUGCUGCAGGUAGCAGCUCCCUACUCCAAGCCUAAUUUGAACCUGGAGCCCAACAAGGACUUGAAGCCGGGGGAUCUGGUGGUUGUCACGUGCCAAUCUUCCUAUGGCUACCCCGAGGCCAGCGUCCUCUGGCAGGACAGCCAUGGUGCCAACAUCACCGAAAACGUCACCACAUCACAGGUGGCCAACGAGGAGGGGCUCUUCGACGUGUACAGCGUCCUACACGUGCUGGUGGAGCCCAGCAGCACCUACUCCUGCCUGGUGCGGAACCCAGUGCUGCAGCAGGAGACCCAUGCCUCUGUCACCAUCACGGGCCAGCACCUCGCCUUCCCUGCCGUGGCUCUCUGGGUGACAGUGGGACUCGCCGUCUGCAUCGUGGUGCUGCUCGCUGUCCUGGCUUACAUCUGCCAGAAGAAAAUCCGCCAGAGCUGCGAGGAAGAGGAGAACGCAGGGACGGAGGAGCAGGACACGGAGGGGGAAGAACAAAAGACAGCUCUGCAGCCACUGAAGAGCACAGAAGACAAAGCAGAUAACGAGCAAGAAAUUGAUUGAUGGGAGCUGGGACAGCACCCCAUGCCCCACACCAGCCCAGCCGUCCCCUGCGGUGACAAACCCAGGACACACCAGAGGGACAGGGACACCCCGACCUGCUGCCACCCCUGCACCGAGUACUGUCACUCUCUGUGUUUUCAGGGUGCCCUGGGGCUGGAGAGAGGCUGUGCCUCUCUUUAACCCCAGUGAACCCCAAAGCCACAGCCUGAGGGUCUGUCUGUCCGUCCACAUCCAUAGCUGGGCUGAGCCCGCAGGGUGAGCAUCACUGCAGAGCCACACUAGGACGAUUCUUUAUUUCACCUUACACCACUGCACUUCCAGCUGGACUUUUAUUUUUGCCUUAAGUGCAUGGUUAUCCCAUGCCUUGAAUUAACCAGAAGGAUUUUCCACGGAGGGCUCAUUCCCUGCCCCGACCCUGAGGCAGGGCUCAGGGAAUAACUAGGGCAGUGUGAUGCCUUCCCUUUACUUCGGAAGGGUUGGAAGUUGGUGGGCGGCAGAGGCAGGGGUUUUUAGCAAGUGGUUAAUGCCACCCCACUACCUGGGUUCAGCUCAGGAAUGCUGGAAAAAAAAAAACCAAAAACACCAAAACCUAGUUUUUAAGGAAAAAAAACCCACAAAAAUCUCAUUUUUAACAAAAAAAAACCAAAACACCAAAAUCUAGUUUUUUAGGGAUGUUUCUACACCCACGGAGUAUGCAGCAGCUGCCCAUCCCCAGCUGGAUCAAUGUGCCUGUUGCCUCAUGAAACGUUAAAUCAUAACUCGAGCACGGGAUGUACUAAAGCCUUAGCAUCUCUGGAACCCCAAGUGUUUGUGACAAAAAUAAUGCUCCUUUAAUGUGUUUUGGAUAAAACCCAAAUGGGUUUUGCUCGGAUGGCUGCUGGCAGGGGCACCCAAUGCCAAGCGUGUGUGAGACGGGGGGAUGGCUUUUGAACGCAGGCUGAGGAAUGGAUUUGCUUGUGGCACGUCCCUGGGUCCAGCCAUGGGUCUUCUGUUGCUUUUUUUUGUUAUUUAAAAUCCAGAAUCCGGAGGGUUUUGUGCCUUGACAAAUAAACACGUUGGGUGUUUUGGAUGAUGA